GUUAUUCUUCACAUGUUCAUACCAGAUCGAUUUUCAUUAAUGAAAAUGUACGUAAAAAUGUAAAUUUUCUUCUGUAAUAUUUUGCACACAUCCAGAGCUACGAAACACAAAAAUCAAAAGCACUCGGCAAAAAUGCAUGUCCUACGAUCGACACCUGGAUUUUUGAGGACUCCAACCAACACCAUCCUUCUUUUUCGACAACGUUUCUGUGCUGAAGCACUUCAUCCCACUCCAACCUACACCGUGCGCAGCGUUCAGGAGAAAUGGAAAACCCGUUUUAACGCGGAAAAAAUUCCCGAAGCGGACUCAUCAAUUGUAAACAUUCUAGCGCACGUUCUACAGUUCCCAUCUCCGGCGGACGUCCGGAAAAGUCAGGAUGUGAUACUCAACGAAACUCAACUAGUCAAAGUGGACGAGCUGUGCGAGUGCCGACUGGCACGGAUGCCCAUCCAAUAUAUUAUCCGUGAGUGGGAGUUUCGGGAUCUCACCCUCAAGAUGGUUCCACCGGUGUUCAUACCACGGCCGGAAACGGAGGAACUGGUGGAAUUGAUUCUGCAGCAGGUUGACACUCAGAAACGGAUGAGUUUUCUGGAAAUCGGUUGCGGUACCGGUGCGAUUUCACUCUCAAUCCUGAAGCAUGCUCCACUGGCAUCUGCCAUCGCCCUGGAUCAAAGCAAGAUGGCCUGUGAGCUAACCUUGGAAAACGCUCAAAAUCUUGACCUAUCCGGAAACCUACGAAUAUUCCGACACAAAGUGAUAGACAAACUUCCAGAGGAAAUCGAGGAUCAGAAAUUUGAUAUGAUCGUUAGCAAUCCACCGUACGUUCCAUCCGGUCAACUGUUGCAAUUGGAACCGGAAAUUAAAGUGUACGAAGACAUGCGAGCGCUUGACGGAGGUCCCGACGGAAUAACUGUUGUAAAAGCAAUACUGGAGCUAGCCGGCAAGCAUUUAAACAGUGAGGGCAUUCUUUGGUUAGAAGUUGAUAGCUCGCAUCCGCAAAUGAUAGCAAAGUAUCUGGAAGAUAAAGGUCUUGCGCUGGGGUUGAAAUACGUUUGCUCCUAUAAAGAUCUCUUCCAGAAGGAGCGUUUUGUGGAAAUUUUCAAAGAUUAAAUCGUCUAAACACUAGACAGUUGUUCACAGUUAUUAAUGCAAUAAUACAAACUCGCUUCUUGUUGAUCUAAAAUUUA